AUGUCUGGCAAGAUAACUAUCCCCACUGGCCUCCCCGAGAACGUCCAAGACUGGAAACGCUCUGAGGUGCUCGAGUUUCUUAAUAACAACAGAAUCCAGUAUGACCUCGACAACGAGGACAUUCAAGUCAUCGGAAACAACAAGGUUGCUGGCGUUGCCCUUCUCGCACUGACUGAAGAGAAGCUUCGCAGCAUUGGGGGCCUGCUGCGGCUAUCGCUCAGCUUAUCGAAGACUUCAGGUGUGCGUGCUAUUAAUUAUACAGUGGAACCAAUUAAUGCUGAUGGCUUCCGCUUUGACCUCCCAUUGCAGCAAGCU